AUGAAUAGUCCAAUUAUUUCUAUAACGUCAUCUUCCGCUUCUAAGGAAUCUCCAAUAACAUCGGAGUAUCUAAUUGAAGUAAUAAAUAAGGAUAUAAGUAAGUUAGGUAGAACCAAUGAAUUGAUUGAGUUCUUACUUGAAAAGCUACAAAAGAAGUCAUCCAAGCAUAAAUUCUUGAUUCAAGCAACCAGAUUGAAAUCUCCAUCUCCAAUUGAAACCGACUUGAAUAUUUUGGCCAGCUUUGGGGCCGUUUGGGAUUCUAAUAGGGAUGGAUAUAUCAGCAUUAAGGUUGAGCUUAAGGGAGACAAAGGUAAGGAAGCUGACAAAAAUGGCGAUUCAACAGAGAUACCCACAGACAAAACUGUAGAGAAGAGAACUGAUGACUGUCUGAAUAACGAAGAAAGAGAAGCUGAAAAAAAUGAUGGAAAUACUUUAGAAACAGGCACUAAUGAUAAAUUCAACAAUGUCGAUACUUAUGAAGAGUUACUGGAUGGCACCCAUAUUGAACCAGAUGGAGACGAUUCCCUCAAAUUAGACGAAUUUAAUGAAGACAAAUUGAAAGAACAAUUGGAAAAUACUAACCUUGAAGAUCAUAAAGUGAAAACAGACAUAAGUGAUAAUGUAGGGUCAGAAAUCAAUAAAGACUUGAAAGAGGAUUUAGGUACAACAGAAAUAGAAGAUGACAACAACUUGGAAGCGCAUGCAGUGGAUACUGGAAAUACACAACAUAAGGAGCAAGUUGGGGAAGAUAUUAAAAGCGAAAGUAAAGAUAAUGAUUUGUUAUCCUCCAAGGAAGAAGUUGACUCAAGCACUGACACUAUAUUAGUCUCUGUAUAUUGGGUUUUUGUCGAUUAG